CUUUUCCAGACUUACACAUGCGUCAUUUUGAGGUCAGGAAAUGCAUCUCCACACGAGUAGUGAUGUGUUUGGGAUUGAGCUGUGUCAAUUUUGUGCAUUAUUGCUGGGUUGUUAAUGAGUUCCGUUUGGUCGUUUAUGUUAUGAUCGUCUAGCACUUCCAUAAUGUUACGUUUCUCAUUUCAUUCCUGUCUUAGAACAGGUUUAGGAGUAGUCUAUCAGAGUGGUCAGCAUCUCUCCUUCGUUAGAAACAGUGCAAUCUCAUGGCUGCCCCUGCCGAGGUCAAACACUUGGCAUUCGGGAGCUGCAUCGUGUCUACUCCUUCAACAAAGACAGGUUUCACAGUCAGUACAGCAAAAGCCCCGUCGCAAGCAGAGGGCUAGCACGACUGCAUCCACCAUCAACGUCCCUGGUAGAGUAGUGGAGCCUGACGCAGACACGUCUGAAGCCCAUCUUUCAUUUGGUGAUCACUCUCAAGGGUUCGUCCACAGAAAGGCAUUCAGGAAGUCCUCUCCUCAGUACCUGGAUCUGCAGUACGGUGAUGGAGGGGAGGAAGAAAAGCCUCGGCCAAAAUUUAAAUCCAGGACGGGAAGGAUAAACACACCAUAUUGGUACUUUCUGCAGUGCAAGAAACUCAUCAAACAGGACAAGCUGGCUGAGGCAUUGAACAUGUUUGAGACCGAGAUGCUGAAAGGGGAAAGGCUUGAGCCUGAGGAGUUCAACUACACCGUGCUGAUUGGUGGAUGUGGCCGCGUUGGAUACACAAAGAAGGCCUUCAAGCUGUACAAUGACAUGAAGAAACGAGGCAUAGAGCCUACAGAUGCAACCUACACAGCUCUCUUCAACGCUUGUGCUGAGUCGCCUUGGAAACAGGCGGCCCAGGAGCAGGCUCUGAAACUGGAGCAAGACCUGCGCAGGAAGAACAUUCCCCUCAACUCCAUUACCCAUCAUGCCUUGCUGAAGACCAUGGCCCUCACUGCUGACCUCCAGAGCGUUUUCCGCAUUUUCAGGGAUAUGCUGAAAAGUGGUCACUACCCAACGCAAGAAACGUUUCACUAUUUGCUGAUGAGCUGUGUUCAAGACAAAACUAAUGGGUUCAGACUUGCACUGCAGGUUUGGCACCAGAUGCUGGGCAUGGGAAUAAAGCCAGACGGGCCAAACUACAAUAUUUUACUGCGCGCAGCACGAGACUGUGGGAUUGGAGAUGUGACUCUUGCCUCUAAAUUGCUCUUAAAGAAAGAGAAAAAGGACCCUCCUGUGGCACUCCAGGCAGGGAAGAACAGAACCAGACAGAAGUAUCACUCCAUGCCUCUGGACGUCAACACUUUCGAAAGCGAGUUGUUUGUUGAAACGCAUUCUCAGCAGGCACAGAAACACAGCACAGACUCACCCAAUAGUCCCAAACCAGAGAAUGUGGACUCGCACACACAUCAAUCCCAUACAGGAAUCAAAAACAAUCCAACGACUCCUGACCAUCAGUUCGCCCUUCAGACCCUCUCAGACAGCAGUACAUCUAUUUGCUCACCUUGUCCUGAUCCUCUGACGGUCCUUCCAAACCUCCUGGACCCGGCUACGAUACGUCAACACGAGGUGGUGUCCCUGGGGGCUGUCAGCAGUGCAUCCGACAGGCUGGCCCUGAUUGGGAACAUGAAGGGCUUCCUGGGCAAGAUGGCGGAGCACGGCCUGCAGCCCACCCUGAAGACGCUCACUCUGCUGGCGGACGUUGUGGAGCCCGGCGGCGACGUGGUGCAGAGCCUCCUCACAGUGGCCAGUGACAACAAGGUCAGGCUGGACGUCGCCUUCUUCAACACGCUGGCCAAGAGGGCGGCCAAUGCCGGGGAUCUCCCUGGGGCAAAGGCUGUAUUGGAGCUGAUGACCAACAGGAAACUAUCUCCAAAUGUGCAGUCUUUCUGUAACGUGGCAUUGGCCUGCAGCACAAAACACGACGGACUACAACUGUUGUCUAACAUGGAGUCUUGUGGCGUUGCACCAAACGCCCACGUUUACAGUGCCCUCAUACGACAAGCGACCAGACGUCUGGACUAUGUCUACCUGAAGGAGAUUCUGACGUCCAUGCACGAGAAGCAGGUCGCCCCCAACGAGGUUAUCAUUAGACAGCUGGAGUUCGCAGCUCAGUAUCCUCCGAAAUAUGACCGGUAUAAAUCCAAGAACACGUACCUGGAGAAAAUUGAUGGUUUUCGUGGGUUCUACAGAGUGUGGUUACAGAUCAUGCCUGGGCAGGAGACUCCUCACCCAUGGGAGAGGUUCCAGCUUCAGAAGACAGAAACAGAAGGGGACAAUGACAAAGCAGCCGGCCAAUUAAAAAGCAGCUCUCACACCUAGCCAAAGACUUGUCAUCUUCACUGUUCAUAGACCUAAAUAACAUUUCUUGAUUGUGUGUGUAUAUUGUGUAAAUAUUUCAUACCCAAGACAGUGACAAUAAAAAUAUUUUUUUCAUGUGAAGUCUUUGAUUGAUAUGUCUGGAUUUUGCAGAAGCAU